UGCGAUUGUUUUGUAUGUAUGCUGUUGUCGUCGUUUUCGAAAUAGAAUACCUGGGACGGACAAUUAGUGAAGGUCAGGUUAGGCCGAGUCACGAUAAGGUUGGUAUUGAUGCGGCAACGCCACUCAUCCGAAGUGAUGUGGCUAUUGAGGGUUCCAGUCCAAACAGGGAAGCUCUAAGGGAGAUGAGUCGUCAGCGAGUGUCUGAACGUCUUCGCUCAAACCAGGAGGCUCAAGAUAAGUAUGUGAAUAAAGGUCGCAAAGCACCUCGUGGCUUUGAAUUAAACUCAUUAAUUUUUCUGAGAAAACAGGCUCAAGCAACGGGGAAGUUGGACUCCUGCAUGCGAGGGCCUUAUCGUGUGGUGAAGAUCCUGCCUCAAGGGCGCUACGAGCUCCAGCUGUUGGCCGGCUCAUAUGGCAAGUCGACGCAGGCAGCUGCGGAAUAUAUGAUGCCGUGGCACAGAGAAUGGACUCCUGAUGUCUGUUCUGCUUUAUUUAGCGGUGAGUGAAUUUAAUUAUUUUGGCUUACCAUAGAUCUUGUGUGAAAUAUUUUAUUGAGACAAGCCUGUGCCGGGGCCUCUGUCUGUUUUAAAGAUCAGUGAUUUUAGAAAGCUUUUAUUUAGUUAUAGUUUUGGGUAGGUAAUAAACAAUGUUUGUGCUCCAUGUAGUUAGUGCAAUGGAUGGUUGUGUUUAUCUUGCUGUCUGGAUAGCCUCUUUCUUGAAGUCCGUGUACUUAGAUAAGCUAUCUAGGCUGACGGAUAGCAUUUCCAGAAUAAAGUGUGUUCAGUGUCCUGGAAUGCUGUCU